GUUCGCUUCGGGCGGGCCGACCUCGAUGCAUGCAUUGCCCUUCCCUCUCAAUCGAAAGCGACGCCGAAUUUCGUGGUCUUUAACUAGCGGGCCAUGCUUGUGUGAUCGAUGAUCUCGCCAAGUUAAAGCCCUCGAUCAAAUGACGGUCAGGCACGAAUGAACGGGGUAGGGCGAUCCGAACUGCCCCCGCCUUGCUCUUUCGUCAAAAACCAAUGCCUCCGCUUUUUAUUCUCCAUGGUUUUGAUUGCCUCUGUCUUGUAUACCACUACGUUCGGAAGGAUAUUAGUCCUUCAAAAAUAUCUACCUUCCUUCCUAUACCAUAAUUUUCCAGUAAUCCGCUCAUGACCAGGAUAUUCUCUGGAGCACGCUACAAGCAUGCGGAAACUCUCUCAAAAUUGCUUGUCAUGUUGUCCUUGGCGUCGUCCGCUCUCGCAGCUCCUGGCGACCUUCCCCCACGUCCAGCGGAUCCGUACGCAGACCCAGCCAACGACAUUUACAAUCCAUUGAGAUACAUCGCUUCCAAUGCACUCACCGCCGUCGCAUUCGCAUUGAUCAUGCUUGUUGCAAUAAUACAAACGUUCAUGACAUGGCGUAUCGGCGGGAAGUUCAUGCUUGCCAUGGUUAUUGCCGCGUAUACUUUCUCAGUCGGUAUAGGCCUUCGCUUUGGCCUUCACGCGCAGCCAGAAAGUAAAGGGAUUUAUAUUGCAGAAUACCUUUUCGUCGUGCUGUCACCAUGUGGUUUCAUCGCCGCCGACUACGUCCUUCUUGGACGCAUGUCUCGCUGGUUAAAGUGCGACGCACACCUCUGGAUUCGUGCAAAGCGUAUUACCCUUGUUUUCGUCCUCUCGGAUGUGGUGACUUUCUUGAUUCAAGCAGCGGGUGGAUCGACUUCAACUUCGAAUAACCCCGACACUGCCCUCGCAGGCUCUCGCAUAUUCCUCGCAGGUCUCGCGCUCCAACUUCUCUCGUUCCUCUUUUUCACCAUACUCUACGCCCGCUUCAUAUACCGUGUCUACAAACACGAACCUCAAGUCUGGGCGCAGGACUCAGGCAAGCCAUUUUACCAUGACUGGCGUGCACUCGCAUUCGCUCUCGGCCUCAGUUGUCUCGGAAUCUUGAUCCGUUCAAUCUAUCGUACGAUCGAACUCGGCGAAGGCUACCACGGCCAUCUCGCCACCACCGAAGCUUUCUUCUACGGUCUGGAUACACUUCCCUUGUUCAUCGCUAUUGCCGUGUACGUACCUUUCUGGCCUGGGAGGUUCAUCCCUAACGUGGUGGCGAGCAAGGCAGUUGAAGGACAAGAUGAGGAGAAGAAAUCGACUGAUACCGCGGCCACUCCUGUGCAUACGUGAGGUGCAAUGUAUUAUCAUCGUGUGGGUGGGAGUGGACGAGCGCAGUGUGAUUUGCUUUGUUAUGGCUUGCAGAUGGACACAUCUUGGGAAUCUAUCAUGAUAUUUCUUGGCAUAGAGUGGUAUACCUUAUAGAGCUAGGCACACACAUAAGACGCCUCACAUGGAAUUUUAGCUUUUAUUUUGUUGUUCCGUAUAGUGUAUCGGUUUUGCAUCAUACUUACUGGUAAAGACAGGGCAUGUAACGUACAUCUUUCUAUUCAGGGCAACAGAUACCUGUGACUACUACUCGUUCGAUUGCCU